GACUUUGUCUUUAUUGCUUUUAAACACUGAAAGACAACAAUUCACUGUGACAGGAGUCUGGAGGAUGUAGCUUCCUAAGAGCUGCCCAUGUGUUUUGGGUCACAAAGCCAAGCCUUGUGUUUACUCAGAAAAUUAAAUAGAACAAGCCUAUAUAAGAGACCAAGUCAAUUAAAUAUGGUUUGUUUUGUUUUGAGACAGAGUCUUGCUCUGUCACCCAGGCUGGAGUGCAGUGGCGCGAUCUCUGCUCACCAUAACCUCUGCCUCACAGGUUCAAGCGAUUCUCCUGCCUCAGCCUCCUGAGUAGCUGGGAUUACAGGGGCCCGCCACCACGCCCAGCUAAUUUUUGUAUUUUUAAUAGGGGUGGGGUUUCACCAUGCUGACCAGGCUGGUCUCAAACGCCUGACCUCAUGAUCCACCCACCUUGGCCUCCCAAAGUGCUGGGAUUACAGGUGGGAGCCACCGUGCCAGCGUGUUUAGUUUUUAAAAUGUUAUUUAGGCCAGGUGCAGUGGCUCAGAGUUCGGAGUAAGUUUAGAAAAACAACUGCCCUUCCAGUAUCCUUUCAAAGACAGGGAAUCCUACAGAGAGGCCAGUCUGGCGGGGUUAGACCCUGACUUUUGAGCACUGUGGCUGUCAGCUGGUCUCGCUAGCCCAGGAAGUUCAGCAGGCUCUACUGACACAGCAGGGGCCUGGGGGCAUAGGCUGGGUUAUGAGAUUCCUGUGACUCUGGGGAUGCAAACAACUUUUCUAGACAGUACCAAGAACAGCCCUCAGUGACUUGAGUGGCAGGAAAGCCAUGCAACUGCAUGGCCCUGCCCCAGGCCACGGGCGCUUCCUUCCUCAGGCCGGAGUCCCUCAGCAGCACAGCCACCUUGAGAUGGGGUGGGACACACAGGCAGAAGCCAGCCUUUGAGUAUUCCCAGAUGCUCUCCUUUCAUUACACAGCAAGAGAGACAAAAAGGGAGCCCCGAGGCAGGGGUAAGCUCCUGGGGAGAGGGGGCUGCGGGCUUUCUCCACUCAGCCCUCACAUCUACACUGGGCCCUCAAAGUCAAGUCAUUUAAAUUGAAAUUUGAGAGCUGCAAAAUAGGUUUUCAAACCUCUGUUUUGUAGUAGCUGCUAAAUCUUCCACCAGAACACAAGUUGUCAUCGUUUUCUUUCCUCUCGGGAUGGAAGGCAGGCGUUUCACAGGGUAAAAAGACACCAACGCAGAGGGGAAAUACUUCUCCCCUAGCACCAACUCACUCACUUCCAUGUGGACCAGAGACAAGAGGCUCCGGCGUCUGAGCGGUGGGUUAGUGCAGACAGCCAGGUCAAUCAUUCGGGUCUCCACCUCCUUCUUCUCAGUAGCAGAUGUUUGGAGGGUCUGAGUGGUUACAGUAAGGGGCUCUCUCCACUUUUCAUCAGUAACACAGCCCCAGUGUAGAUGGGGUCAGAGUGGUCUCUGUUGAGUACAUGGGUAAAAGACAAAUUAGUGAUAAUUGUAGUGAAUUCUUAUCAUUUUAUGACAAGAUUUAUUCAGAAUGGCAUCCAUUCUGAAUAAAAGUUGGACUUUCUGGUACAGAAGCAGGGCUCAGUCAUUCCUGACACAGUUUCUAGCUCCUCACCUCCUCCCAGUUGCCCAGGGUGGUCCACCCAGAUCUCUGCUUUAUACACCUGCCGGCUGGUGACCAGCUCUCUAUGGGACACCUGGAUACAACCUACUGGACUCAGCCCCCGGCCCCCACACCCCUCACGGACUGUGCAGACAUGCCACAGUGACCACCACCCAGUCACAGCAAGAUGCCAUGAAGCUGAUGCCUGCCGGCUCAAAACCACACCCCACAGGAAAUGCACUUAAGUAACAACACCCUGGACCCGAAUACAGAUUUGGUGCACAGGCCACUGGCUCGCUCCCCACCAUCUGGCUGGGCCUGCCUGUUCUCCAUGGCUCCCCCUCCCCACUGGCCUGUGAGGAACGCUGCCCCUUCGCUCCCGCCCGUUGAGUCACACACCCGCUCUGCAGUUUCAUGUGUUCUGCUGUGCUGCCUCCUCCAGCUCUCACCUGACCCUUGCACCCAAACCUCACUCUCCUCCUGGUCAGGACUCUCCCAGAGAGACCAUCAUGAUAGGAAUGAACUGAUCACUGCUCAGACAAAAGCCACAGGCUGCCUGCCAAAGCCUAGAAGCAAGCUGCUGGUGAGAGGAAUGCCAGCACAGCUGGAUACACAGGCCUGAGGCCAUCAGCCACAGUCAGGAGGCAUCCCACGAGAGCACACACUGUAACCCCACGCCCACCGCCCCCAGAGCCCCAUCAGGGAAGGGCCAAAGUUUACAGCCACUCUCCAGGAGAGACCUCAAGACCAAUUAGAGGAAAACUAUGACAAUGAUUUUGUUUAAUGAUAAUUUUCCUUUUUCCUAGCACUCUGGAAAGCUACCAGUUUCUUUACAAGUUAACCAUCAAUCUGAUGCAGGGCAGGUGAGCCCCAAAAUUGGGGCUUAACCCUGGAGGGUUCAUGGCUUCACCCAGGAAGGCAUUCAAGGGCGAGCCAGUGGUGUUAGCCAGGCAAGUCUGUUAAAGCAGCAGAAUCCUAUCCAGCAGCCUCUGAGGAACCGGCAUGUGGCCUGGGGGACAGCCCCGCUCCAUAAGCUGCCCGAUGUUCUGUAUCUGUCCACGAUGGUGAAGAGACCCUAGGAUAGUUGCAAGUCUGAACACAGGGAAAUCUUUAGGAAUCCCCACGAUCUAUGAGAUUGAAAACAAUCCUCCUCUCUGAGAACUUCAUCUAUUUCUGGGAUAAACCAAAUCUGUGUUUAGCCACACGUGACUCCAACUGAGUAACUUUCAAGUCAUUUCCCUAAGGCAGAAAAAAUUCUCCAUUAUGCCGGCAAAGUGGCAAGGAAGAGCCAAGAACGCCUGAUCCCGUCCCCACCACAGGGGACCCCGCAUGGCAGGAGGAGAAAGGACAUCUAAUCUGGAGACUGGCAGGGUUUCAGCCACCCAUGGCUAGGAAAGCGUACACUGCCUCUGAGGGGGCGUGGGCAGCUGCAACGCGGAAGUCACGUGGGAGGGGCUUACAGGACUCCAGGCAUCACCUCCUCACACCGGAGGUAGCACCAAUGGAGCCCUGAGAACACAGUCCAGGUGUGUCCAGAAUUGGUGGGUUCUUGAUCUCACUGACUUCAAGAAUGAAGCCGUAGGUCCUCACAGUGACUGUUACAGUUCUUAAAAUUGUUAUGUCCGUGGUUUGUUCCUUCUGAUGUUUGGACGUGUUUGGAGUUUGUUCCUUCUGGCAGACUCGGUCUUGCUGGCUUCAGGAGCGGAGCUGCAGACCUUCACAGUGAGUGUUACAGCUCUUAAGGCAGUGUGUCUGGAGCUGUUCAUUCUUCCCAGUGGGUUCAUGGCUUUGUUAGCCUCAGGAGUGAAGCUACAGACCUUCACAGCGAGUGCUACAGCUCAUAAAACCAGUGUGUACCCAAAGAAUAAAAGAGCAAAGCCCCAACCCUGUGGAAGAAAACCAGUACGUUCCCACUGCCUGCUCCGGAGACCUGCUUUUAUUCCCUUAUCUGGCCCCCACCCACAUCCUGCUGAUUGGUCCAUUUUACAGAGGGCUGAUUGGUCUCUUUUACAGAAAGCUGAUUGGUCCAUCUUGACAGGGUACUGAUUGGUGUGUUUACAAUCCCUAAACUAGACACAGAAGUUCUCCAAGUAAGUCCCCACAGAGCACUGAUUGCUGCAUUUACAAACCUUGAGCUAGAUACAGGGUGCUGAUUGGUGUCUUUACAAACCUUGAGCUAGACACAGAGUGCUGAUUGGUGUAUUUACAGUCCCUUAGCUAGACAUAAAGUUUCUCCAAGUCCCCACCAGAUUAGCUAGAUACAGAGUGCUGAUUGGUACAUUUACAAACCUUGAGCUAGACACAGAGUGCUGAUUGGUGCAUCCACAAUCCCUCAGCUAGACAUAAAGGUUCUCCAAAUCCCCACCAGAUUAGCUGGAUACAGAGUGCCGAUCGGUGCAUCCACAAACCUUGAGCUAGGCGCAGGGUACUGAUUGGUGGGUUUACAAACCUUGAGCUAGACACAGUGCUGAUUGGUGUAUUUACAAUCCCUUAGCUAGACAUAAAGGUUCUCCAAGUCCCACUAGACUCAGGAGCACUGCUGGCUUCACCUAGUGGAUCCCACACCAGGGCUGCAGGUGGAGCUGCCCGCCAGUCCCGUGCCGUGCGCCCGCACUCCUCAGCCCUUGGGCGGUCAAUGGGACCGGGUGCCGCGGGGCAGCGGGGAGACUCAGGCAUGGCGGGCUGCAGGUCCUGAGCCCUGCCUCGCGGGGAGGCAGCUGAGGCCCGGUGAGAAUUCCAGCGCAGCGCCGGCGGGCCGGCACUGGUGGGGGACCCGGCGCAUCCUCCGCAGCUGCGGGCCCGGGUGCUAAGCUCCUCACUGCCUGGGGCCGGUGGCUCCGAUUGCGGGGCCCGCCCAGCCCACGCCCACCCGGAACUCGCGCUGGCCCGCAAGCGCCGCGCGCAGCCCCGGUUCCCGCCCGCGCCUCUCCCUCCACAACUCCCUGCAAGCUGAGGGAGCCGGCUCCGGCCGCGGCCAGCCCAGAGAGGGGCUCCCACAGUGCAGCGGCGGGCUGCAGGGCCCCUCGAGCGCGGCCAGAGCGGGCGCCGAGGCCAAGGAGGCGCCGAGAGCGAGCGAGGGCUGCCAGCACGCUGUCAUCUCUCACAGGGCGAAGCCCACGCCACAGGACGGGUCAGUUCUGUACCCGCCGGGGCAGGGGAGAGCCGCCUCUGGUGAGCAGAACCCCGGAGAAGGGACGACGCGGGCGCACCGCGCGGCCUGGGGACACCAAGUCAGACGAACCCGCUGUGCAAGAUUUUCCACACAGCGGCGCAUAUCCCCGCCCGGGGGCGCUCGGCAGCCGCACGCGGCCCUCAGAGCGCAGCCCCCACACGCCUUUACUUCUGGAAGGCGGAGACCGCCACAGUGAGGAGCUAAACCAGCUGAGGCAACACAGCGAAACCCCCGAUCCUACCCAAAACCAAAAAUUGGGGUGCGGAGGCGCGCGCCUGCGGUCCCAGCUACCGGGGAGGCCGAGAAGAGAGGAUCGCCUGAGCCCGGAGCCGCAAGCUACAGUGAGCCGAGACUGUGCCACUGCACUCAGUCUGGGUGACAGAGCGAGACCCUGUCUCUAAAGGGGAAAAAAGAGCUAGGAAGAAGCGGGCUGCCUCUUAACUUCGGAGAAGUAAAUGAGGAACUAUAACCAGUGUCUACCGUUUAGGAACCAAACAAAAGCUGACAGGAAUCCCGCCACCGACCCAGCCGCCCCAGACGUUGCCCUGGCCUAUCCCGCGCCGUUCCUCAAACUAGUCCCGCCCCGACGUCGCCCUGGCCUAUCCCAUGCCGAUCCUCAAACGAGGCCCGCCCCGGAUGCACAAGCUCCGCCCUCGUUGCGCCGCCCUGACCCUCGGCCUCGCCCCUGCCCCCUGGCUCUUCCCGCGCAGCCGAAUGCCGCGACCUGGCUCCCACCGUUCGUCGCUUCGCGCCGCAUAGGAACCCCGCCCCUAGUCUCUCCUCCCGCCUAUCCUGAGCGGCGCGCGCACAAAUCUCUCCCACAGACCCGCCCACCCUGAGCCUCAACCUGGCCCCUGGCCUUUCCCGCGGCGUCGAGGCCAGUACACCGACGCACUAGUCCCACCCCCGAUCUCUCCCUCGGCCUAUCCCGCGCCGCUCCGCGCAGGAGUCCCGCCCCCGACUUCGCCCGCAGCCUGUCACGCGCCGCGUCGCUCCCUUGCCUCAAACCCGCUCUCGCCCGCGGAUGGGCGCGCGGCUGUGACGUCACGGCGUCGUUGGUAAGGGGCUGGCGGCCGGGGAGCUGCGUAGCUCCCGGCCCCGCGGCCAUGCCCAAGCGGAGCUGCCCCUUCGCGGACGUGGCCCCGCUACAGCUCAAGGUCCGCGUGAGCCAGAGGGAGUUGAGCCGCGGCGUGUGCGCCGAGCGCUACUCGCAGGAGGUCUUCGAGAAGACCAAGCGACUCCUGUUCCUCGGGGCCCAGGCCUACCUGGACCGUGUGUGGGAUGAAGGCUGUGCCGUCGUUCACCUGCCAGAGUCCCCAAAGCCUGGCCCUACAGGGGCCCCGAGGGCUGCACGUGGGCAGAUGCUGAUUGGACCAGACGGCCGCCUGAUCAGGAGCCUUGGGCAGGCCUCCGAAGCUGACCCAUCUGGGGUAGCGUCCAUUGCCUGUUCCUCAUGCGUGCGAGCCGUGGAUGGGAAGGCGGUCUGCGGCCAGUGUGAGCGAGCCCUGUGUGGGCAGUGUGUGCGCACCUGCUGGGGCUGCGGCUCCGUGGCCUGUACCCUGUGUGGCCUCGUGGACUGCAGUGACAUGUACGAGAAAGUGCUGUGCACCAGCUGUGCCAUGUUCGAGACCUGAGGCUGGCUCAAGCCGGCUGCCUUCACCGAGAGCCACGCCGUGCAUGGCAGCCUUCCCUGGACGAGCGCUCGGUGUUCACACUGAACUGUGGGGUCGACGGGAGGGGUGCCUUUUACAUGUUCUAUUUUGUAUCCUAAUGACAGAAUGAAUAAAUCUCUUUAUAUUUGCACAA